UACUCCUUCAAAACUAUGGGGAGUUCCAAUAUUUACUAUCUUCACCUUAUUCUUUCAUCGUUUCUUCUUUUCACAUUCUUCCCGGAAACUGUCCAUGGCAGCAAAAGGUGUUACAUUGUAUACAUGGGAGCACAUUCUCAUGGACCAAGCCCUACCACUUUAGACCUGGAAGCCGCCACAAUUUCUCACUAUGGUUUACUAGCUUCAGUUUUGGGAAGCCAUGAGAAAGCGAAAGAAGGCAUGAUUUACUCAUACAAUAAGCACAUCAAUGGCUUUGCAGCUUUACUUGACGAAAAAGAAGCAGCAAUUAUUGCAAAAAAAGCGAAUGUGGUGUCAGUGUUCUUGAGCAAAGAGCGCAAACCUCAAACAACAAGGUCAUGGGAAUUUCUUGGACUUCGCAGAAAUGCUAAGAACACUGCAUGGCAAAAGGGUAGAUUUGGUGAAAAUACAAUCAUCGCCAACAUUGACACUGGAGUUUGGCCUGAAUCCAAAAGCUUUAGUGACAACGGAUAUGGCCCCGUCCCAUCAAAAUGGCAAGGGGGCAACGUUUGUCAAUUAGACAAGCGCCCUCGUUCCACAAAAAAUCCUUGUAACAGGAAGCUAAUUGGAGCAAGAUACUUCAGCAAAGCUUUUGAGGCAACGAAUGGAAACAUCAUCAGCCCAGCGAUGCAUACAGCACGUGACUUCGAGGGGCAUGGGACUCACACUCUAUCCAUAGCUGGUGGCAAUUUUGUACCGGGAGCGCAUGUAUUUGCAGUUGGGAACGGCACCGCAAAAGGUGGGUCCCCAAGUGCCAGAGUGGCAGCUUACAAAGUUUGCUGGUCUCCCACGGAGGAAAAGAGUUGCCACGAGGGUGAUAUAUUGGCUGCAAUAGACCAAGCCAUAAGCGAUGGUGUUGAUGUCAUUAACCUCUCUGUUGGUGGUCGCCAAGUUGUAACUGCACAAGAUAUCUUCACCGAUGCGGUUUCCUUAGGGGCCUUCCAUGCAAUUUCUAGAAACAUCUUAUUAGUUGCCUCAGCUGGGAACGAUGGACCUGCACCUCAAACUGUUGUCAAUGGUGCUCCUUGGAUCUUCACCAUUGGUGCUAGCACAAUAGAUAGGGAGUUUCGCAGUACCAUUACCUUCAGUGACGGUCGACAAAUCACGGGAGGUAGUCUUUCAGUAACAUUGCCACCUAACCAGGCCUUUGAUUUUAUCCUGGCUACCGACGGUAAACUUGCCAAUGCCACAAUUCAAGAUGCUCAAUUUUGCAGGCCAGGUACACUUAACCGUACAAAAGUUGCAGGUAAAAUUGUGAACUGCUUGAGAGAAGGGAAUAUAAAAUCAGUUGCUGAGAGUCUGGAAGCAAAUGCUGCGGGUGCAUUGGGAAUGCUGCUCGAAAAUCAACAAAAACAAGGUAAAACAGUUAGCGAUGAACCUCAGAUGGUGCCCAGUGUCAAUUAUCACAGUCGAGGGAGGGGUCCAACGCCUGGAUACUUUCCUAACUCUCUAUCAUCCCACAAUUCCAAUCCUUCUUAUUAUGAUGUCAUAACUGCCACAACUCCUCCUUCUCCGACGCCGUCUCUUACAGUAAAGCUCUCCAAAGCAACAACGGUGGUAGGAACAAAGCCAGCUCCAGUUAUGGCUUCUUAUUCAUCUAGAGGACCCAAUAAAAUUCAGCCAUCCAUACUCAAGCCUGAUGUGAUUGCACCUGGAGUAAACAUACUUGCUUCAUAUUCACUAGGCGUAAGUCCCUCUAAUCUUGAGACUGAUCGUCGUCGCUUCGAAUUCAAUGUGCUUCAAGGAACUUCUAUGUCCGCCUCUCAUGUUUCUGGUAUUGCCGGACUUCUCAAAACACGUUAUCCUGAUUGGAGUCCGGCAGCUAUUAAAUCUGCAAUCAUGACCACUGCAACCACACGGGACAACACAAAUAGGCCAAUUCAGGAUGCAUUUGAUCGUGAUUUAGCAAACUCAUUUGAUUAUGGGUCAGGACAUGUUCAACCUAACCUUUCAAUGGAGCCAGGACUUGUUUAUGAUCUUCACCUUAUUGAUUAUUUGAACUUCUUAUGUGCAUCUGGAUACGACCAACAAGCAAUUUCAGCACUUAAUUUCAACAAAACUUUUGUUUGUAAAGGAAGUCAUAGCAUUGAUGACUUGAACUACCCAUCAAUUACACUACCAAAUCUUGGGUUGAGUCCGGUAACGGUUAUUCGUGCGUUAACCAAUGUUGGCCCUUCAGGCACAUAUAAUGCAAGUGCCAAAGUGGAUGGAUGCAAAAUUACGAUCGUGCCCAAUUCCUUGACUUUCAAGAGAAUGUAUGAGAAGAAAACAUUUAAGGUCAUUGUGCAGGCAUCAAGUGUGAUUCAAGUUGAUAAAUAUCAAUUUGGUGAAAUGAUAUGGACAGAUAGAAAGCACAGAGUCAGGAGUCCUAUCACAAUCAGACGCCGCAAGUGAAAAAUCUUGUGAAUU